AUGGACGAGCAGGCGGGCCCCGCGGUGCUCCUCGACUUGCCCGGCGGGGGCGGCGUCAAAGCGCCGCAGCCCGGCGACGGAGAGGCAGCCCGGGCUCAGUACAGCAUCCCUGGCAUCUUUCACUUCCUCCAGCACGAAUGGGCCCGCUACGAGGUGGACCGGGCCCAGUGGGACGUCGAACGCUCCGAGCUGCAGGCUCAGAUCGCAUUCCUGCAGGGAGAGCGCCGAGGUCAGGAGAACCUGAAGAAAGACCUGGUGAGACGCAUCAAGAUGCUGGAGUACGCACUCAAACAAGAAAGAUCCAAACAUCACAAGCUAAAGUAUGGCACAGAGUUGAUCCAAGGAGACGUCAAAGUACCCAGUUAUGAUUCAGAUGAAGCCAGUGAAGUGGAUAUGCACACUCUUUCAAACAGCAGUCAUCAACUGAGCUGGAAACAAGGACAACUGCUUCUCACACAGUACCUACAGGAAGUUGGCUACACGGAUGCCAUCUUGGACGUGAAAUCUCGGCGUGUACGUGCGUUGUUGGGACUUAGCGCCGAUGCAGAGGACACAACAGAGAGGCGCGAAUACGAAAGAGAACACGUGGUCAACAGUCCUCACGGCUCUGUGGCCAGGUAUGAUGGGCGGCUGCGGCGGAAGCCUGACUCCUCCAGCUCCGCUGCCAUUUUGGAGGCCUUCAAGCUGAUCGAGAACGCCGUCGCCAACUUCAGCGACGAGGAAGAGGACGACAACAGCAGCAGUGGCGAGGGGCGGGACACAGGAAUCCUCGAUAUGGUGAGGAGAAAGCAGUCACCUACGCCGCCAUCAACGACCUCUGACCUGAGUGACGACCCAGACACCGAGGAGGCUCUCAAGGGUUUCGACUUCCUAUCAAGCCAUGAGGAUAGUAGUCAAUGGGACAAGGAGACGGAGGUGGCAUGGGAUGUGGACGAGGGUGUGAUCACACAGCUGAAGGAGGAGUAUCGGCGGGAGCGCCGCAGCAAGAAGGGUGUCAAACGCCCAAACCGUUCUAAGCUCCAGGACAUGCUGGCUAACUUGCGCGAUGCCGAGGAGAUUCCCGCCACGCAGUGCCCGGCAACGCCCCCGGCUCGGCCCGCCCCCGCCACCAGACUCAAUGAGCACGAAGUGGAUGAGGGCGCCGCCUUCCUGCCGUCACCUGGCAAGUCAUUCAUUUUGGGCCGUGUGGAUGAUGCGGUCGCUAGUGACUUGGGACUUGGAGAACUGGCUGGCCUGACGGUUGCUAAUGAGGCUGAUGGACUCACCUACCCGUUAAGCAGCGGUCAGGAUGCGCUGAGGAAAACGUGGAACGCCAAAUUUACGCUGCGCAGCCAUUUUGACGCCCUCCGCGGGCUGGCCUUUCACCCGGUCGAGCCGGUCCUAGUCACCGCCUCAGAUGACGGCACGCUCAAACUAUGGAACCUCGACAAGACCACACCCACCAAGAAGUGUGCAUCCGUGGAUGUGGAACCAAUCUACACGUUCAGAGGUCACAGCGGCGCCGUUCUGUGCGUCACCAUGAGCGGCAAUGGCGAGCAGUGCUUCAGCGGUGGCCUAGAUGGCACCAUCCAGAGCUGGAAUGUGCCCUGCCACAACAGUGACCCCUACGACUCUUAUGAGCUGUCGGUCCUGAGGGGGGCGCUGUGUGGCCACACCGACGCAGUGUGGGGCGUGGCCUACAGCUCCAUCCACCACCGCCUCCUCUCCUGCUCGGCCGAUGGAACCGUACGUCUGUGGAACGCCGCCACCGUUUCGCCAUCGCUUGUAGUUUUCAACCAGAGAGGAGAACUAGGUGUUCCGACGUCCGUGGACUUGUCGAGCAGCGAUCCGACUCACGCGGUCGCGUCCUUCUCCGAUGGCCACGUCUGCAUCUUCGACAUGGAGACUCAGCAGCUGAUUCUCAAGAUGGAAUCGGCAGGAACUGCAGAUUCUCCUCAUCCAAUCAACAAAGUGCUUAGUCAUCCCACGCUGCCUGUCAGCAUUACGGCACAUGAGGACAGACACAUACGAUUUUUUGACAACAACACGGGUAAGCUAGCACACUCCAUGGUGGCGCACUUGGAUGCAGUGACCAGUCUUGCUGUGGAUCCAAACGGAAUUUACCUCAUGUCCGGAAGCCACGACUGCUCAGUCCGUGUAUGGAACGUGUCGAGCAAGACGUGUAUCCAGGAGUUCACGGCCCACCGCAAGAAGUUUGACGAGUCCAUCCAGGAUGUGGCCUUCCACCCCGCCAAGUGCUACAUCGCUAGCGCGGGGGCCGACGCCCUGGCCAAAGUCUUCGUCUGA